UAUAGGUUCUCCCCCCCUACGCGCUGUCUGCGGGUAGGCUGAUGUCUCCCAAGCCCCCCAUGUGGAUCGGCCCUCCCCAGGUACUACGUUGUAUGGAAGUGCACCCCCGGUUCUAGCAUGGGCGGGCUUGUUAUCCGUGCACGCGUCUCUCGCCCUCUCUCUCUGUUAUGUCUCGCCCUCCCUCUUUUCACUCACGCUACUCCUCGUUCGACUUUUCUUCUCCAAGGCCGAGAACUUCGGGAACCUGGGGUGGCACGUCUAGAGCCUGAGCUCGCGAACGACGAUUGGCCGAUUCACGCAAUACGGCACGCAGCCGAGUUCACGAGACGUACGAGCGAAGUGCCCGACGCUGACGGGAAUCUGCCACUUGACAUAGUAUACGAGAUUGACUAUUGCGACGGCGCUCUAGCCAACAGGUUUCCCGGCGGGCUCUCAGCACAGUCGAACCCUACUAGCGGCCAAUGGGAGAUCGUGACAUGGCAGAAUCUGCAGGGCCAGGCGUCUCCUAGCGGCUCCGCCAGCAGUCGAUGAGACCCCUCGAUACGAAGUCCUCCCCUCGGGUUUAUUCCUCCCUAGGGCAGACUGGGGAGGGGGGGUUCAGGGGAUAUUCCAACGACUCGCUUAUUGUCAUUUUAAUAAGCGGAUCCAUUUCGAGAUUCGCCGUGGAAGGCUUAAUAGACGGAUACCAGAUGAUUGUAUUUAAUGAUCGAGAAAGAUCGGUGCCAUGGGCAGUCCCGAGGGUGUGGUGCCAGUUUACAUGCGGAGAGAGAGAGAAGCGAGAGAGGGAGCGAGAGAUUGGGAAUAGAUGAUGAUGAUUCAACGAUUAAUGGCCGAUGGGGGUGGCUAUUUUAGGAGUGGGAAGUUGGCAGGGUCUGGCGAGGCCGAAAAUACCUACUCAUGCAUUCGGUACCUUAGGUACCUCUAACGGAAGGACCCGUUUAACGUGCUAUAACCUGUACCUAUAACCUGUACCUGAGGUCCGGUAGAGGUACCUGAUGUCGAUACCUAUCGGGUAUAUUAAGUACUUAACGUCAGCACUUGACUAGGGCGGAUAGGUACCAUACAGGGAGGGG